ACGAUUUUUUUUUGUGCAGCGCAGGUUUGUUUUGAAUGACGUCACAUAGUCCAAUGAAGGAUGUCGCAGUAGGCUAGAUUUCGCGGGAAUUGUGUUCGGAAUUCGUCGAAUUUUCCCCGAGAACAGGACACUGGUUUUGCCAGAAGGCUCGGCAGAGUCUAGCACACAAUGGGAGGAGCAGUCAGUGCCGGGGAGGAUAACGACCAUCUGGUCGAUAAUCUGAAAGAGGCCGACUACAUCAAGACAGAGAGAGUGGAGCAGGUCUUCCGUGCUGUGGACCGGGCCGACUACUACUUGGAAGGAUACAAAGAGAACGCUUAUAAAGAUCUAGCUUGGAAGCAUGGCAACAUACACCUGUCAGCUCCCUGCAUCUACUCUGAAGUCAUGGAGGCAUUGCAGCUUGAGCCGGGCCUGUCAUUCCUGAACAUAGGCAGCGGUACAGGCUACCUCAGCACCAUGGUGGGACUAGUGUUAGGAGCUCAUGGGAUAAACCACGGACUGGAGAUCCAUUCGGAUGUGAUCGAGUAUGCCAAGGAACGGCUUGACAUCUUCAUCAGGGAUUCCGGCUCCUUCGAUCAGUACGAGUUCUGCGAACCAAAUUUCAUUGAAGGUAACGGUCUGUUGCUGUGCUCUGGAUGCCGCACCUAUGACAGGGUCUACUGUGGAGCAGCGUGUCCAGCAGAGCACGAGAACUACAUGAAGGUCCUACUGAAGGUGGGAGGCAUACUGGUUAUGCCACUGGAAGAUCAGUUAAAGAAGAUCAUCCGCACAAGUCAGGCUGAAUGGGAAACCAAGAACGUACUACCCGUGUCCUUUGCUCCGCUCAUACUACCGUCCAAGACAGAAGGAGAGAGCUUCUCAUCCAUUGAACUACCUGAAGUUCACCCCAAAUCUCUACAAGACCUGUGCCGCAUCAAGAUCCGGGGCAUCAUCAGGGCCAUUGUUGACGUGGAGCACCCACCUUCAAAGAACAACAAGCGGCAGCCCCAACGACCACCGCACCAUCGAUCCAUGGGCAGCGUCAACAGCUGCAUCAUGAUCCGCAAUGUCAGCAACAUGCUGGAGCUGGCUGGCGAACUGAUGAGCAGUGACAACUACGAUGACAGCGAUGAGAUCCUGGAGGAGGAGGAGGAGGAAGACGAGGCGGAGGAUGACGAAGAAGGGCGUGGCGAUGGUGACAGAGAGAGGAUGGAGGAAGGCGGAGAAGACUGGAAGAAGCAGGACUUUGAGAUGGACGGCCCGGAGGCUGGCAGUAGUGAUAAAGAUGGAGCAAGGGAUCACAAGGAAGAAGGGAAGAGAAACGGGAGACGGGGCCACCGUAACGGUCGACAGCGACACCCAGGCUUCAACCCACCCUCAUCUAGACCAGGCAGGUUCAUGAUGGAGUUCUCCCAACGUCCUGAUAGACAUGGGGAGGAGAACCCAUCAGGAGGAGCCAGGGCCAGGUCUGAGGAGCAUAGUGCUCGAGGUGCCGUGGAGAUGUGCCUCAGCGAGGCCUUUGAGUUUGCCCGGAACCUGAAACGGGCGUACGACAACGGUGCCCCGCGAGACAGGAAGAGGAUGAACGACCGACACAGUGAGGGGGAUUCCUCAAAGGAGACGGCCGACGCUGCGGCUGAGGAUCUCUUACUUCAUGAAGGCAAAGACUCUAAACCCCACUUGUCUUCAUCACCGGUAGACGACUCGCUGACAGCCAAUGGGUCCACUCGAGAUGAAUCAGAUGACACAACUCGCGAUUUCACAAAACAGCCCGAUAGUAUAUCAACACCACCAGAAACUGAAGAAGAUGCUGGCAAAUCCAAAUCCUCCAAACCGCCGGCCCUCCCACCAGCUGAUGCCAGACCCCCACAGAUGCGACACUCCUACCCUUUCCGGAGCCGCGACCAAGCUCCCGGGGAAGACAGCGGUAACUCCAGCGACAGCUCCCACUCAUCGUCCAGCGGGAUCUCAGACGAGACCAUCUACGAUCACCUGAAGCGGAAGAAGCGACUUGCCAAGCAGAAGGCGGCAGCAGCAGCUGCUGCCAAGCCAGUGGGACCCAACUACCUACGAGAGAAAAUCCUCAAGCUCCCCCUUCCUCAGUCCUUGAUGUCCUAUCUGCUGUAUCACCGUGAAAUAUAGAUACUCGGACUGAUCUCAAAACUUGCAGGAGCUGAGGAAAGCCCCUCUUCCAAAUGUCUACUACACAACUUCUGUUUGAUGAUUGCAGAAUGAUCAGACGGUUCAGACCACUGAUAUCUGAUUUGCGAUUGGCCGGGAGAUGAACAUGUGACUGAGAAAGCCAACCUCAUUGGCCAAACAUUGAGGUACAUUUUGAUGUACUCCAUUUAUCUUGAAAAUUGAAAAAAAAAAAUACAAUUUGGGGCUGAAUUGUGGCCAAUUCUCAAGUGUACAGUGUCCAGUCCACUUUCAUCAAAUCUGCUACAAGAAGUGGUUUGGCUACACAAGUACCAAAGCCCUUUUAUUUUUCAAGGUAUUAUGAAAAAAUGAAAAACAAAGAAAAAACUGCACUUUUUGCUGUGUCUGUUUUUGAGGGAAACAAGGCAUUAUUAUAGUAAAUGUAUAAAGAGCGUAAUCAUCACAAUACUGUAAAUAUAAUUGAAAGAGGAUUUAUAUUGAUAUGUCACGCUUAUGGUACGUAUUACAUUUUGUUUUACAGAAUUGAUCAAGGUACGAAAGAUACUCUUAAAUUAUUUUGUUAACUGUUUGAAAUUUUUGUUCUGGGGAUAUCUAUUGAUUAUUGUAACUAAAGUUUUGUUUAAAGCCCAGUUCGUACUCCACAGGAAUGUGAAUGAGAAGCCGAGUUGUCAGACAAGUUUUGCCUCAAAUGUUUAAAAGUGGCUGUGGGUUUUUGUUUAAAUUUAAUAAACGGAAAGAAAGGUUAUCAGGGUGAAAUGAUGGCACGAUGUACAUUCUAAGUCUCUUAAUCAAGAGCUUAUUUAAUUAUUGUAAUCUAGAGGAAAAGGGAGGUGUUUUUCCAGAUAAUUGCGAAUGCUUAAUAGCAAAACUUGCUUGACAGCCAUUUUGGGUUUCCUACGCAUGUGAAUAUGCAGUGCCCAAUUUCAUGGCGCUACUAAAAACAAUUUUUGCUAACGGAGCCUGUGCCUAUUUUCACGGAAACUGUAAGGUGUAAGCGCAGCAAAGAGCAUGUGAAUUUGCAAGUUGUCUUCAAAUUAGAUUCAACAUUUGAAAUUUCAGGGCACACGGAACUAAUUAUGAACCUUCAAAUAUGCUGAAGGUUAGUAAAACUUGUAAGCAAUAAUGACAUACCCUCUCUGCUAAGUGUUACAGCUGGACCAUAAACUAGAGCAGUUAUAUAUGAAUCAGUAUGUAUGUUCCUCGGGCUACUUCAAAAGCUGCUUAGCAACUCUGGCUGGCUAUUAUGCUACGGACUACCAGCCAACAGUGGUAUGUACACGAAGUAUAUGGAACUUUGGUUGGUAACCAAUGUACACGCUUAGUUAACAGUUCAUUCUGGGUUGUUCAGCUUAUACUUGUAUUAGCCUUUUGCUGAAAUUUGUUCAAACAGGUGUUAUGAAAUGCUAUAAAAAAAGUAGAAAAGCAAUUUUGGAUUUCUAGGUUUUCAUGCGAGGUUCAUAUGGCCACAAGAAACAAAAAGGGAAAGUUCGAUCUGUAAAUACAUGUAUUCUCAAACACCAUUUAAAAAUGCAGAAAUUAAAUUAUAAAACAGUUGAGUUAUUUUUAGAAAUUAAAAGUAUUAAUAAGUAUUGAA